AUGGUCCAAGCUGAUUCGGGAUCGCAGGGCCAAACGCCUCAGCUGCGUCCCCCCCGAAGAAGCGAUCUCCCCCUCUGGCUGGCGCUGCUGCUCAAAAAGCAACGCCGUGCCAACAUCGUACCGCCGCCAUGGAUGCAUCCCGACUCCCUUCGCGACGUUAUCCACCACGAAACCACUGUCGACACCAAGGGAUGGGCUCCUCCCCCUCCGCCGCGCUCGCGCGCCGACUCUUUCGGCAACGCCACGCGCAUAAACGACCUCUCCGGCAAGGAGGCGAUUCUGUCUCCUCCGUUUCUACCGUCAUGCACGGCCGACGCUCCGUCGGGGGCGUUGCCUUACCACUGGUUCGAACUGGCAGAGAUGCUGCUCGCCCACGCGGGUGACGAUAUUGUCUCGGCAUCGGAGGUGCGAUCGUUGUUGAGGGACCUGCAGGAGGUUCGCGCGGCCAAGAUGAGAAGCAGUACGGCGCAGUUGGAAACCGGCGUCGACGGGGUGAUGAGCUUGAGAGGUGUGGGCGCCAUGGAGCUGGCGGAGAGUAGGGGGUUUGUCACGGGUGUGGUCGAGGGCGUGAGGAAGAUUGGGGCGAGUGCUGAGGCUAUGAGGCGAGAGGAGGAAGAGGAUGAGCGGGGUGAUGGUGACGAUGAACCCAGUGAUGAUGGCAUGGGCUUAUGA